AUGCAGGGAGCCGAGAAAACACAAACACCAACAGCUCACAAAACUCUACCCAUCUCGCCACAGACUUCUGAAGGCGACAUUAUACAAAUAUCUCCGCUGGCAAAGGAAGAAGGAUCCUCUUACUACAAGUUGCCUCCAUGUGGUCCGCCGCGCAAGAGCGAUGCAUCCAUAAUCAAGUUCGUUUCGGACGCUGUAACCUAUCGGACCCAACCUCCAGUUGAUCCAGAUCCAAAACAAGCAGAGGCUUACAGUCGUCUCGUGAGGGCUAUCAGUCGAAAAGAAGACCCGUCCUUAUUGCGUACAAUACUGAUCGCCUUACGUGUCUCCGGAAAUACCCUACACCUUCUCAGCGGGAAUCCAGCAAAGCAUGCACAGUUAUUGCAUAACAUUAUCCAGUUCAAUCCUUUUGAUCCGGGAAGACUCAGACUCAGCGAACAAGCUGCACUAGACGAGGCAAACCGCCCUUUUCACGACUUUUCCAUAGCAGAUGCUUUCUUCCAUUUGAUGCUGGCUUUGGUUUCUGCAAACUCUGUUUUCUUGGUGACUUCGAUGACCUCUCUGUGGAAACUUCUUGCUGGCCUCUCAAGGACUUCCCUGUCGGACAGUUCCAAGGAGCACCGAACGCAACGAAUACAUGCCACUAUUGCGGCGAUGACUAUGUUGUGCCCCAAGGGUAAAAACGAAAUCGUCACUAUCAUUAUGACAAACUUCCCGUUUAAAACGAGACCUAAACAUCAACUCGUCUGGUGCUAUCGCCAGAGUCUUGAGGUUGCCGAGUAUGUGCCCGCAAUGAAUGAACUUUUGCUACGCUUUAUGAUAGAGAAGUGUUUGGAAAUGGACGUUGAAAUCAAAGUUUUGAGUGGAGGAAAGGUUGUCAGGGAAGAGAAUGAUGGAGCUCUCAGUCUUGAUCAAAUUAUGAUGGAUUCUGUAACCCACACCAAUCGCCGGCAAGAUGACAAUGUUUAUGACAUGAUUGAAAAGUUGGAUGCUCUACUGCUGCUGACGUUUCAGUUCGUAGAGGCUAAAGGGGCAGGCAGCAUUGGUGGAUUGAGGUCGUUGUAUGAAUGCUGCAUGGCUUCUUUUGAAUCAGCCAUUUUGAUAACGCACCAGUCAAAGUUUGUCCAAUUCUUGAUCUUCUACAUUUGCGGUCUGGAAAGCCAACUACUCGAGGGAAAUAUGCAACAACAUGCCACCUUGAACCAUGAUUUUGCAGCUGAUCUGAUCAAAAUCACGUUCGAUCCAUAUCGGUCUACUGUGGUCAGGCAAAGUGCAGCAUGUUACCUGGCUUCAUUUGUCAGUCGUGCCAAGUUUGUGGAAGCAGACACAGCCAUCGAAUCAGUUUGUGCCCUUCUCAAGUGGGCAAAUGCUUACAUCGCUUCAGUUCAAGAGAAUGGAUUAACAACCUCUGCGGAUGUGUGGGAUCAAUGCAUUGACAUACAUUCACUGUUCUACACAAUUUGCCAAGCAGCCUUCUACAUCAUGUGCUUCCGUGGUCCAGAGGUGAUGAAGUUUUAUCGCUCAGUCACAAAAACAAUCACAACAAGCACCCCGGGACACUUCAAUGAUCUACAGUUACAUCAUAUUGACAUUGGUCCAAGUCGGUGGCAACAUUUGUGUGGGCACAGCCUACAGCCGAUGAUGUACUGCGCUGAGUCUGUGAGAUGUGAAUUUCUGAAGUUUGCUUCUGCUUUUGGGUUGCUUAAUAGAGUGGCAGUGGCAAAGUUGUCCGCUGCAUACCUACCCCACAAUAAGGAAGCUUUCAAUGCAGCUGGGGGUGCUGUUGCAACUAGUUGUGUGCAUGGGUUGAGCCUGAACAAGGCCGUUAACCCCUUGAAGAGUUUCUUCCCCUUUGAUCCCUUGCUCCUGGAGCUAUCACACACUUAUGUGAAACCAUUUUACAGAAAGUGGAGUGAAGAAUGCACUGAAUUGUUGGAAAAACCCGUGGCAAACCAAGUCAAUGAAGAUGACAAUGAGGAGUCAGUGAAUGAACAGGACGACAAAGAGGUGUGGGGAGAAGGAGAAGAUGACAAUGAAUUGGAGGUGAUGGAUUCUUUUGUGGGAAUAGUAAAUUCUCCUCAUGAUGAAACAACUGAAGUACUCAAGCGAAAUAGGGGGCACAGCAUAGACUCUGCUGGCAGCUGGUAG